UUCCGUCGCUGCGCGUCAGUCGCCCGGCGCCCGCUGCCCGUGUAGACAGCCGCGUUUGCACGCCGCUCGUUCGAACGUUCAAAAAGGGAGCCCACGAGAGCUAACCACACCAACAAAAUGUGCGCCAACACGGUCCAGUUCGAAUACGACCCAGAGCGGCUGAUCGAGGAGGUGAAGAGACGCCCGGGCAUAUGGGACUUCGAGCACGUCGAGUACAGAGUGAAAAACAAAAGGCACGAACUGUGGUCCGAGGUCGUGAACACGCUCAUGACCGGCGACGUCAAGAUAUCAAAGAGCGAGAUGCGGGAACUAGAACUCCAGCUGCAGAAGAAGUGGAAAAGCAUCAGGGACUGCUUCCAGAAGUACGUGACACAUCCGAACAGAACGAAGCGGCCGUACUUGUACGCAAAACAACUGGGCUUCCUCAAACUGCAAAAGACCGACGCGCAGUGCCAGGAGGUGGGAUCGAGCGACUCGGACAGCGGACGACGCUCGAAAAGAGUUUGGAAAACUAAGAAGAGAUUGAAACUGGCGAGACAGAGCUCCGACGACGAUAACGAUACCGCUGACGAUGACUACAGUACAGUAGAAGAUGCAACAAACGAUUCAUCUGCUAAAAACGCGAGCGGCAAACACAAUAGUAUGGUAGACGAAUUCGCGUUCGCGAAUGUCGAUCAGAGUAGAACCGAAUCGGAGGAUCCAGAUAAACUCUUCCUUCUCUCGCUGUUACCUCAUUUGAAGACGAUUCCCGACGAAUUCCGCCUGAACGUCAAAAUGGAAAUGAUGCAAGUAUUGAGAAACGCCCAACACCAGGUUUCGAUGGAUUAUAAAAUAAUCUAAAAAAAGGCUUCAAAAAUACAUUGUGAUAUUAUAAAAGACACUAUUGUAAAUUGUUGAACGUAAAAAGUUUACAGACUUUAGAAGACUGCUAUAAUUGUGUUUUUUCUUGGUUAUAAUUUAAGAAUAAUACGUGUAAUUGUUAACUACAUUAAGUAGUAUUUUAAUAAUGAUUUCACUUGGCUUUAUUUUUUAAGUGUAAAUAAAAUAAAUACUAAAAUUA